AUGAAUUCUUAUCAACUGGGUUCAGUAAUCUUGGCCGGUAACAUCAACUUUCCAGACUACAGUUGCGGAGCUACAGUUGGGGUAUUCCCAGAUGUAACUUAUGAUGCCAUGGUAGACGUUUACCUUUGUGGGAUAUUAGAAGGAAGAUAUUGGGCAGAAAAUUAUUAUACUGGAAAAACAUCAAAACAGAAAUCAACUGCUACCCAAACAUCAGGUCAAUCUUCAACUACAACUCAAAUAUCACAAUUUGAAUCUGAUUCAGAUGGAUUAUUAACGUCGACAGCAGAAUCUCCUGUAAUUACAUUAGCUCCUGGUCAAAUUGAAGGAUUCAAAUUCGGGGAUCUAUAUGUUGGGAGUUCAGUAGACAAUAGCAGCAUUGGUACAGCUUAUUUAGCAGGGAUUACUCAAGGUCAAUAUGAAGUAUUAGGUUAUAUUCCAAAUUUUGUUACCAAUAAUGCUACUAGUAAUCAUUCAAACAUCAGUAAAUUUGGGUGGUUAUUAGUUAUCGCAACAAUUUUAUACCUGAUUAUUUCUAUUCCAAUUUAA